CGCUGAGCCACUAUGGGAAUGCCUCUUUUUUCUUUUUUGUAGAUUCCAGUAACAAUUUGGAUUGUUCAAUAUUUUCAAGUUUUUUGGUUCUUUUUAACGUUUUUAAAUAGGAAAAUAAUUGUAGUGUAUUUUUAGGUGUAUCACAAAUGUAGGUUUUGGUGUACGGGAUUCAAUAGAAAAUAUUUUUCUAUUUUUAUUUGUGAAAGCACAGAAAAAUAGUUAUAACUGGAAGCCUUUUGUAAGUCAAAACAAAAAGUAUUAUUUCUGACUAUUGAAUAGAUGUUAUCAUUUUGUCUCUUUCCCAAUCAUCAGUUGCCUAUUCUAAUAAAAUACAUUCAUUUUCUUAUAUUUAAUUCAUAUAGCUUAGUCUUGUCUAGAAAAUUUACAAAUGUUUUCCUGACUGCCAAGCCUUGUGUAAUUACAUUAGAUGACAGCAUAUACCCAUAGUUUAUUCUGUGGAUCUCUGGCUAUACAUGCAGAGACUUACAUUAUGUCAAAGGUGAAUGGCACACAUAUAUUUUUAUUUUUCUGUUAAAAAUAUUUUAAAGAUGUUGACUUUGGAAUUCACUAAACAGUCAGUUUGUGAAGAAAUCUCCUGCCAUUUCUUCUCAUUCUUUCAUUCUCCUGGGUGUUCUUCAUAGAACAUCAUUUCAUCUCUCCAAGCUUGAUAUAUUCAGAUUUUCACCUCUUCCUGCUAAAGUUCUUUAAUAUUUUUACUACCAGAAAGAGAGUCAGGAAUGGAAAAAGGAGGAGGAAAGAGAAGAAUGGCAAACUUCAUGUUAUUGUUGCCUGGGUGCUACCUUAGAUCUAAACACUGUAAGUUUUCUCUUAACAAAAAAGAACCACUUUUUCUAACGUUUUUAUUGCCACUCGUGCCUACUUCACUUUGUUACUCCUCUGCGGUUGUGGGUGGAAGGAGUUUGACUAUUUCAGAAUAGUUACUGGUGGGUGGGUUCAAGAAUCUCUAGUGGGUUGACAAAAAAGCCAUGUUUAUAUAGAUAGUGAUCCUUCUAUUAAAAUCCUGAGAGUGAGUAAUAUUUAAUGGCUGUGUUCACCACGCACAUAGCAGAGUCCAUCUGUACAGGAACCAACAGUAUCUGAAGAGAAUUCCAUGGGGGCUUUGGAUUCCUGCAAAGGGUUUGCAUGCACGCAUUUUAACCUCCAAAAUUUGAUUUUGUUACUUGGUAGACACAGCUUCUUUCCAGGGCAUGACAUGGGCCUGAAUGCCUAGGGGUCUGUACAACAAACUGUGAAUCUGUCAAGAUGUAGCUUUCCUACUUCAGCACAUCAAAGCACACAGCUUGGGGCCUUGGGUAUUUUUUUUUUUUUCUUUUCGACUGCCUCCACGGCAUGUGGAAGCUCCUGGACCAGGGACUGAACUGCACCACAGCAUUGACAACACCAGAUCUUUACCUUUCUGAGCCACUAGAGAACUCCAGGGCCUUGGGUACAUUGCUUUGACUAUAGAGGUAUUGCAUUUAUGUUGAUUGGCUUUAUAUUGAGAUUAGCAAUGGUAGUCACAUGAUCUACAUAGAUGCCAACUGAGUAUAUUCUCUUCUUUGAUUUUGAAGUCCAGUAUUUUUAUAUUUUGAAAUAUGGAACUGCUUUAGACCAGUGAAGCUAUGUACACAUUGAAAGCACCAUUAAACUUAGAGAACAUUUCCUGUGUGGCCAGGCCAUCAGAAAUAACCGGCCUUUCAAAACAAGAAGAUUUCUGCUAGUUGUUCCUGAAAGACCAGUUGUCUUCAAGUGAUAUUUAGAUUAUCAUAAAUUGUAAAUAGAUAUAAUUGUAUUCUCAUUUUCUGUCUUUUCUGUACUCAAGAGAAUGUCUUACCUUAAUCUUUACCACUUACUUUAAUCUUCAGAGAUUGAGUAAUCACUGCUGUUUACGACCCACUGUAUUAAAACAAUUCUACUAUCAAAACAUGGGAUUUCGUAGCAACAAAAUGUGUACAGCUGAAUCAUAACUUUUGUAAGCAAAGAGCCGGUAGUCAAGUUAGCUAUAUUGUUUUGUAAUUAUCAUUCAAAAACUCAACAUAUGACGACAAUUAAAAGUCUAAAUGAUUUGAGAUAAGAGAGCCCAUUUAAAAGAACAUUUACUUUCAUUUUAUUGGCAAGUUUAAGACCGACAUUUAAAAGCCCAAAAAUGGACAUAAUUUAGGAUGUGCAUUUUAAUGAAGAAAGUAGAGAAAAUGCUAACUGAUUUGGAAAUAGAUGUAUAUCUUUUUAACUUCUAUAAGUGAUGCAACUCUGUAAGUGCUGAUUUUUUUUCUUGUUGUUUAAAGAAUGAAAUCAAGUUAUAUGUAAUGAACAGUACCAAAUGCACACUGGCACUAAGAUGUGAGUGUUUUAAAUAAGUGACAUAUUUUAAUUUGAAAUUUUGAAUCUAAUAUAAAAUGCAAGUUGCAAUAGUCCUUAAUGUAGGAAAGGGGAAAAAUGUAGUGAUUGAGUUUGUGAAAAUUGUAAAUUGGGCAGAUCUAGCCAGCUGCAGUGAUGAACAAGGCUUCCUUUAUUAUUGCUUCAAGAAAAGCUAUUGAGUGGCUAGCACAAAGUAGCUGCUUGAAUGCGGGAAUAUCCAAUAUCCCUUUGAGAGGCGUAUUUGAUUAUACUAUUUCCCUCUACCCUCUUGUUUCUAGCUCUCCAAGUUCCACAAAAAGUCCCCAUGAUCACUGUUGUUGUUAUCCUUGGUGCUGUUUUUUGAUCCCUAGGUGAUGCUACUGACAACUACUGUUAUCUAUGUAAAACGAUCUUUAUCAGUGUCUAACUUCAUACCUGACCCUGUUCCUUUGUUUAAAAUCCUCCCAUAAGUCCUUGGUGCUUACAGGAUUAACUAUAAAAGGGUUAGCCUGACAAGUAUUUUUUUACAGUCUGGUUCAAGAAUUCUUUUUUAGCUUCACUUCACACUCUAGUCCAAAUGGCUUCUCAGCAUGCAUAUUCUUUCCUCAGCGCUGAAUACACACACACACACACACACACACACACACACCCUCUAGUACCGGCCUUCCCAGUAAUUUCUGCCUGGAAAACUCUUACUCAUCCUUCAAUACCCGUGUCAGUUGUCUCUUCUGUUAAGCCUUCCUCAGCUUCCCCAUUAGAGUGUUACCCUACACACCCAAUGAUCAGAAUACAAAUUCCUAGUAAAGCACUUAUUUUACUGUAAUUAGUUUAUCUGUCUCUCCUGUUAAAAUGGAAGCCUCAGAAAGGCCUGAGGCAUCUCUGAAAAGACUGGCCCAGAAGAGUGCUCAUCAUAAUAGAUCCCAAUGAAUAGUUGAUUGAUCAAAUGGAUCUUCACUUGUGGAUUUUGCACAAACUGAAGUUGUGGAUGCCAAUUCAAUGUGCAGAGCUGGAAGCUGUUUGCAGCUCUUUGAGUCAGUUUUAUGGUCUGCCAACACAUUCUUGGUUGUUGUACACCCCUCACUGAUAGGAUUUUUCCCAACAGUACUUGGCUUGAUUAAAGUGUUCACAAUUGUUUUUCAUCAUGUCUCCCCCCCUCCCCGCCCCCCGGCUCAACUUUCAUUCUCUUGGUUCCUGUACAGCUGGCUGCUAGGACAUCCUGUUGUUACCCAUUCCCCUCCUGUGCCUUGCCCAUCCAAGUAACUUUGUGACAAAAUAGGCUAGGAGAUAGGCCAGUUUCUAGCAUCUUGUUGCUAGUGAUCCUGUAUUACAGUAGGCAUUUGAGUGGCAAACCUGGGCAUACUGCCACAGCCAGCAGUGAAGGUGAAUGCAUUCCAGUGCCGUUAAGGAUAAAGGCAUGGAAGUAAAUCCAUGCAGGAUCGACUUUGUCAGUGCUCUCUAAUAAAGGAGAUUGUACAUGCAAAGUACACUGGUAGCAGUGAGUAUUGCUUUGUUACUUACAGUUCUAGAUAAAAGAACACCAGUAUUCUUCACCUGAAUUGCUAUUUUAGCAAAAAGCUGAUGUUAGCGGAAAGCACUGUAUCUUCAAUAUAUAUGUUGUCUGGCUCUGCUCAGCGCCAGAUAGCUGAAGGGUAUAUGGUCCUACAGGUUAGUGCUUCUCCAACUUGAAUUGCAUUGAAAUCACCCAGGGGAUUUUGAUUCCAUUGUUCUGGGAUAGAGCCAAGAUUCUGCAUUUCUAAACUCUCAGGUGAUACCCUGGUACCCAUAGUGCUGCCCUGAGGACUCCACAUUGAGCAGCUUAGAUGUAGAGGGGAGAGUGAGCUCUUUAAAAGACAGUGGUGGCUGGCCAGCCGUGUUUAUGUUGGGUACUUCAACAAUGCCACAGGACAAUAAGUGCCCUCCCUAACACAACAUUCAACCAGUGCUCCUGUCACCACAUCAUGUUAAUGCAGGUUGUUACUGAUGAUGGAAGCAUCUCUGACUUCUCCCUCACACAGGGCUCUUUGUAGAGAAAAGAAGAGGUUGGCUACCCUACCACAUCUUUGAUCAACGUGAUUUAAUACAUUAAAAAAAACCAAAAUAUAUCACUCUCAUGGUUUGAAUGUCUCUGCUGCAGAAGAAGUGAAGUUCAAUGGCCAAGAGCUUAGGGGUUCUGGUGAACUUCCACAAGGUCACCUUUUUCCACCUAACUCUCUGAGAGGGCAGUAGUAGGCCUAGGAUUUAGUGAGCUCCUGCCAUAGGGGGAUGCUGUGUCUCAGGGGCUGGAGGUUUAAAGAGGCCUAAAACAUAAUCUCUUCCCUGAAGGAGUUUACCAAUUAUUCCAUUAAAGGAUCAGCUUUUUGAGGGCAAGGUUAUGCCUUAUUUGUCAUUAUAUUCACAGAAGUACAUAGUUAGUAACUGCUUAUUAACCAAAACGCUCCUAAAACACUAACAUAAGAGAAUAGAUUGUUAAAGAUAAAUCAUGACUCACAUUUACAACAUAGUAGAGUUUCAAGUGGCAUUUACGUGCCACCUUUAGUCUGUAAAUCAGAGUUUCCUAGUCCUGCUUUAAAGACAUAAGUGUGGCCCUGGGUUAAGGGCCCUAUGAGCACCAGUAGCGCUCUGCUUGUCAAACCACAAAGGGCACCCUGGACUUUUCAUUCUGUUUCUAUGUGUAAUAUGAUAUACACUGAAUAGCCACUAAAUUUGGCCAUACAGGAAAACUUCUCAUAAUAGACAUGAGAGAAGAAGCAGGUAGCUGUAGAACAUGAGGUAGAAUGCUAUAAGGGCCAGAAAUGUGAAACAGAGAUGAUGUAGUGGUCAGUCAACAGCCCAUGGCCUCAAUCCAGCCCACCACCUGUUUUUGUAAAUAAAGUUUUAUUGGACCACAGGCAUGUCCAUUCAUAUUAUCAAUGGCUGCUUUCAUGGAACAACUGUGGAGUGGAGGAGUUGUAUGAUUUGCAGAACCCAAACUCUAUCCCCGUAAGAAAAAGUCUGCUCCCCUUAGAACUAAGAAUUAGGUGCAUUUCUUUCUUUCUGUUUCUCCAGCUUUAUUGAGGUAGAGUUGACACAUGCAUUGUGUGAGUUUAAGGUGCACUCAUAUUUGUGGGUUUAGGGCUACAUGUCAGAAUAAAAGAGGCCUUCCAGCUAUGGCCCACCACUCUACUGUUCCCACUGCUGGCUCUUUCCUGCUCUUUGAUGGGCCUUCUACACAUUUGUUCAUAUCCAAGUUCCAUUCACCCUCCCCACAUCCCUGUCCCACAAACACCUGUACCUUGACCUUCCUUCAAGGAUAUAGGUACACCCACAAGCAUCCUGAGGUAUGGCCUCAGGAAGUCAACCAAAGAAAAUGCCCACUGAGGCCCUAAUAGUAGUAGAAGAGACCAACCAGGGCCUGCUGAGCAGGACAUUUUAAGUUUGGGGUUACAGACAUGUUUUGGAAGUUUGGAGACAAGGGUUAUGAGUACAUACCUCCCUGGAUACCCUAGAUUCCUGGCCCCAUGGACAGUGGCAGGGCAGGAACAGGGCCAGAGACAGACCCUGUCAAGGGAAGGAUAGGGAAGAGGUCUCUAUGCCUGGUCUAAGGCUGAUAGUGCUAAAGAGUCUCAUUUAUUUUUCUUUAUUUAUUUUUGCUUGCAACUAUGGCAUGUGGAAUUUCCUGGGCCGGGGAUUAAACCUAUGCUUCAGUUGCAGCCUGCAGCAUAGCUGCAGCAACAGGGAUCCUUACCCCCAUGCUACACUGCAAGGGAACCUAAAGAGUCUCAUGGAAGCUGGGGAUUUCCUGCUGUGUACAGCAGAUUAAAGAUCUGGUGCUGUCUCUGGGAUUCUGAUCCCUAGCCUGGGAACUUCCACAUGCCACAGGGGUGGCCAAAAAAUAUAAAUAAAUAAAUAGGCAAGGGGAGUAUUAGGAAAGCCUUUUAGUUAAGUGUUAUAUUGUGACUUAAAAUAAGAAAUAUAUAUGUGAUCUUUAGUCCCUUUUCUGGCACAGAGUUCCUAAAACCCUAGGAUUUCCUAAGUGAGGAGCACGACAAAUGUCUUUUAUUAUGUUAAUGGGGCAAGUGUUAAAGAAUACCUUGGCUGUGUAGUCAGUGGGGCAGCUGCCUGGUUAGAGGAUGGGAACUUUCAAUCCCACUCCCCAACCUCAGAGGAGGGGAGAGUGCCAGAGAUUGAAGCAAUCACCAGUGGUCAAUAAGUUAAUCAAACAUGUCUUUGUAAUGAAGCCUCCUUAGAAACUUAAAGGAUGAAGUUCAGAGAGCUUCUGGGAUGGGGGUGUAAACCAUGAGAAUGGGGAGAGUGGUACACUGGAGAAAGCAUGGAAGCUCCACACCCCUUCCCACAUACCUUGCCCUAUCCAUCUCUUCCAUCUGGUUGUUCCUGAAUUCUCUCCUUUUAGAAUAAACCUGUGAUCUAAUAAGUAAAAUGUUCCUCUGAGUUUUGCGAGCCUCUCUAGCAAACUCAACAUCCAAGGAAGGGUCACUGGAACCUCUGCUCUAUAGCCAGUCACUCAGAAGCACAGGAGACAUCUUGGACUUGCUGAUUGGCAUCUGAAGUGCUGAAGUACAGGGGAGUGGGGGAGAAGGAGUCUUGUAAGAUUAAGAUUGAGCCCUUUACCUGUGGAAUCUAAUGAUGUCUCCAGGUAGAUAGUGUCAGAAUUAAUGUUGAAUUGUAGGAUACACAGCUGGCAUCCAAGAAUUGCUUGGUGGGGUGGGGGAAACCUACCCUUCCCACAUUGAUUUUAGGAGUGCAGAACCCAAAGAUUAGGCUUCAGUGAUUGUGAGAAUUUUGUUAUGCGUAAAUGACAAAGAGGUAUUCCAAGGAACGAAAAUUUUAUGAGCAAAGUCAUAAAGAUGAGAAAGGUUUAAGCACUGGUAGGAAAUGGCUAGAAAAGAUGGAUACUUUUACCUAUGAAAAUACAUAAUAGCUCAUUUUAUCUUCACAACCACUUCAUAGUCGGAUAGGCAUUUUUCUUUUCAGGGUGUGAGAAGUUGAAAUAUAUAUCAGUUAAAGUCAGAACCUGGAAACCUGAAUGCUUGUUUCAAUGCCAAUACUAUCAACUACACCUUGGGCAAUAUUUCUACCUGUCAGUUUGGAGGAUCAGUGGCUGUUCUAGCCUAGAUCUAUGAGUCUUAAGUGUGUGGAGAGUAUCACUGCUAAUCAUAGGAAUUUGUAUGAUUUAGAUGUGUUGGAGUGGGAUUUGAGAGAGAAGGAAAAGAAGGACCACCUGUAAGGGGAGAACCAGUGCAAAGUCUAGAAAAUGGCUCAAGUUGCUUUUAUUUUAAGGUUAGACUUAAAUCAAAUGACAUAGUUAAUUAGUGUCUGAGCUGGAAUUAGAAAAUAAUCCUCGUGACUUUUGGCUCUGUGUUGCUUGCCUUCUAUUCUAGACUUGAUAACUAGCCAUGUGGCACCAAUGUAUUUUACCAGUGGGAAAUAAGGGAUGUAUCAGCGGUUUUCAGGUCUUGGUGAAAACAAUAAUCUCCUGGUGAGCUUCCUAAAAAGCUGAUUCCUUGGCCCAAUGUGAGGGACUCUGAUUUGAAGGUCUGCUCAGAGCCUGGGAACCAGCCUUUUUUAAAGCACCAAUGGAAAUGUGGGUGGAGGCAGUCCUUGGGAUUCAUUUAAGAAAGCAGUGGCUUACAGUUACUUUCUUUCCUUUUGGAUGGUAGCUUCCACCCAAGCGCCUGUAGUACAUGAAGACCUUAGUUCUUUCCAGCUCUUUCUCCUGAGAAGAAGACCGACUUGUGCUUACCCAUUCACGUUAUCUUGCUCAGUUCCACUGAGGUCUGAGGAAUGCACAUAAAGGAGACUAGAGCUGGAGUCAACUCAGGCCAGGAGACAAAAGGGAACUGCCUUUAAGAGCUGGAAGAUGAAAGCUCCGAUUCCACACUUGAUUCUCUUAUAUGCUACUUUUACUCAGAGUUUGAAAGUCGUCACCAAAAGAGGCUCUGCUGAUGGAUGCACGGAUUGGUCUGUUGAUAUCAAGAAAUAUCAAGUUUUGGUGGGAGAGCCUGUUCGAAUCAAAUGUGCACUCUUUUAUGGCUAUAUCAGAGCCAAUUACUCACUAGCCCAAAGUGCUGGACUCAGUUUGAUGUGGUACAAAAGCUCUGGCCCCGGAGACUUUGAAGAGCCGAUAGCCUUUGAUGGAAGUAGAAUGAGCAAGGAAGAGGACUCCAUUUGGUUCCGGCCAACAUUACUGCAGGACAGUGGUCUUUACGCCUGUGUCAUCAGAAACUCCACUUACUGUAUGAAAGUAUCCAUCUCACUGACAGUGGGUGAAAAUGACACUGGACUCUGCUACAAUUCUAAGAUGAAGUACUUUGAUAAAGCUGAACUUAGCAAAAGCAAGGAAAUUUCAUGCCGUGACAUAGAAGAUUUUUUACUACCAACCAGAGAACCUGAAAUCCUAUGGUAUAAGGAAUGUAGGACAAAAACAUGGAGGCCAAGUAUUGUGCUCAAAAGAGAUACCCUGCUUAUAAGAGAAGUCAGAGAAGACGACAUUGGAAAUUAUACGUGUGAACUAAAAUAUGGAGGCUUUGUUGUGAGAAGAACUACUGAACUAACUGUUACAGCCCCUCUGACUGAUAAACCACCCAAGCUUUUGUAUCCUAUGGAAAGUAAACUGACGAUUCAGGAGACACAGCUGGGCGAUUCCGCUAAUCUAACCUGCAGAGCUUUCUUUGGGUACAGUGGAGACGUCAGUCCUUUAAUUUACUGGAUGAAAGGAGAGAAGUUUAUUGAAGAUCUGGAUGAAAAUCGAGUUUGGGAAAGUGACAUUAGAAUCCUCAAGGAACAUCUUGGGGAACAGGAAGUUUCCAUCUCAUUAAUUGUGGACUCUGUAGAAGAAGGUGACUUGGGAAAUUACUCCUGUUAUGUUGAAAAUGGAAAUGGACGUCGGCAUGCCAGUGUUCUCCUUCACAAACGGGAGCUGAUGUAUACAGUUGAACUUGCUGGAGGGCUUGGUGCUAUCCUUUUGCUGCUUGUUUGCUUGGUAACCAUCUACAAAUGUUACAAGAUAGAAAUCAUGCUCUUCUACAGGAAUCAUUUUGGGGCUGAGGAGCUGGAUGGAGAUAAUAAAGAUUAUGAUGCAUACUUAUCAUACACUAAAGUGGAUCCUGACCAGUGGAAUCAAGAGACUGGGGAAGAAGAACGCUUUGCUCUUGAAAUCCUACCUGAUAUGCUUGAAAAGCAUUAUGGAUAUAAGUUGUUUAUACCAGAUAGAGAUUUAAUUCCAACUGGAACAUACAUUGAAGAUGUAGCAAGGUGUGUAGAUCAAAGCAAGCGGCUGAUUAUUGUCAUGACCCCAAAUUAUGUAGUCAGAAGGGGCUGGAGCAUCUUUGAGCUGGAGACCAGACUUCGAAACAUGCUUGUAACUGGAGAGAUUAAAGUGAUCCUAAUUGAAUGCAGUGAACUACGAGGAAUUAUGAACUACCAGGAGGUGGAGGCCCUGAAGCACACGAUCAAGCUCCUGACCGUUAUUAAGUGGCAUGGACCAAAAUGCAACAAGUUGAACUCUAAAUUCUGGAAACGUUUGCAAUAUGAAAUGCCUUUUAAGAGGAUAGAACCCAUUACGCACGAGCAGGCUUUAGAUGUUAGUGAGCAGGGGCCUUUCGGGGAGCUGCAGACUGUCUCGGCCAUUUCUAUGGCUGCCGCCACCUCAACCGCUCUAGCCACUGCCCAUCCAGAUCUCCGUUCCACCUUUCACAACACGUACCAUUCACAAAUGCGUCAGAAACACUACUACCGAAGCUAUGAGUACGACGUACCUCCAACCGGCACCCUGCCUCUUACCUCCAUAGGAAAUCAGCAUACCUAUUGUAACAUCCCUAUGACACUCAUCAACGGGCAGCGGCCACAGACAAAAUCGAGCAGGGAGCAGAAUCCAGAUGAGGCCCACACAAACAGUGCCAUCCUGCCGCUAUUGCCAAGGGAGACCAGUAUAUCCAGUGUGAUUUGGUGACAGAAAAGCAAGGGGCACUCUGUCCCUGGGAGUUUGAGUGGAGUCUGCAGUCCAGUGCCUGGAACUAAAUCCUCGACUGCUGCUGUUAAAAACAUGCAUUACAAUCUCUAGAACACGAGGAAAAACAGGGUCUUGUACAUAUGUUUUUUGCAAUUUCUUUGUAGCAUCAGUGUCCUCCUGUUUUAUCAUGUCUCCUACCAUUACAUUUUUUGACUUUGUUUUAUAUGUCAUUGGAAUUUGUAAAUUUACAUUUUUUUAAAGAAGAGACUUAUGUAUAGAUAGAAAAUCCUUUUUUUGCUUCAUUAGUUUAGUUUUAGAAUGGGCUUUUAUUUCCUUUCCUUGAUUUUCUUUUGCUUUUAACAUUUCCUUGGGGUGCUUGGACAAAUCUAUCCGAUGGGACAAGGAGCACCGGAUCCUCUCUUGGGUUCUGCCUAGGAUCGGCAGGGCCAUGUGGGCCUUCAGAGAGCAGUGCAACGAAUGCCAGCAUUGCCAUUUGGGGAAAAAAAAAAAAAAGAUGAGAAGAACACUUGUUCAUAGGAGGGCCCCGCCAAUCAGAGCCCUGAAUCUCUUCCUUGUCCUGCCUCAUUCCCCACCUCUACCCUUCUAAUGGCGGCAUGAUGUGUAAACUCUGAGAAAGGGUGGGGGUGGGUCUAACUGUCUUAACAUUUACUUCACUGCUCGUCAGAAUACACUCCAGACCCAAAAUUGUGCUAGUCACUUGACAGUGACCACUACAGAGUGCUAAGAAGAGAAGAUCAAGGGCAUGAAAAUGGGGGAGAGUGUGCUGUUUCUGUUUUUUAAAUGAGUUGAUGUACCCUUAUAUAAAUAUAUAUAUAUAUAUAUAUAAACACACACAACAAAACAAAAGAAACAAACAAAAAAAAAAAAAAAAGGAAAAAACAACAAAAAAAUCAAGCCCUAUAUUUGAUCACUUCCUGGAAAGGCAUGAAUGUGUUUGUGGCUGUUUUUGUUUAAUAUUCUACUUCCUCUUUUCCCUCUAUAAUUUUCUGCAAAUGAGAUUAUGUGCAAAUGCCAGGCAAGUUAACUCAAAAGGGUGAAUUAACACAAGUCAAAAUGAAAUUUAUAUUGAAGGCUUCCAAACCAAAGGGAAGGACAGGAUGUGUCAUCGAAUAUGUUUUGUCACCUUGUAUUAUAGAAAAUGUUAUUUUCUAAAGAGUCAGAACAAAUGUGUGAAACUUAUUAUGGAGUCCCCUUGUAUUUAAAUGUUAAUUCAGUGUAUUUAAUUUUCAAUGCUAUAUUCAGAAUCAAGUGUUUGGUUUCAGUUUGUGAACAUAAGCAGCACUUAAUAAUAUCAAAGUGUUUAUAUAAGAACUCAGGAGGUCAAACAUAUGAAUACCAACAGAAAUCAGUAUUUUAAAAAUAAACAUUAUUUACACAAAAUAGUUUUUAAAUUAGAUGAGAAAGUAUUUAAAAUAAUUAAUUUUACUGUAUAAAGAAUUAGUUUUAUUUUAAUUGUAUAAUUCUAUCUUUCAGAAACAGUAAGCUGAUGCUCCCAGGAAAUUCAUCCCCUACCAUUUAGCUUUAUGUUUGAAUUCAAUGACAUAAGCAGCUAAUACAUAUUCAUGUUGAAAAUGAUGCAAAAUCAAUCAUAAAGGAACUUGCAGAGGGCAGAAUUGCUAAAGGGAAAUAAUACCUAAGUAGCUUUUAGUUUUAAAAAAAUCAAUGUGAUGAAAACACUGAUAAUAGAACUUACGCAUUACUUUAGUGAUUCAUUGUAGGAACUUCCGUUCCAGCCAUUGUCUGUGGGCUUGUGUAGUGACUAUUGUAUGUUUGGUUUAUUCCUACCACCAUAUAGUGAGAAAACAAUUCUACAGUUUUGGUCACAAUACUAAGAUGUAAGUUGACUAUGCACACAAAAAUAUAAAUUUCAGUAGAGUUCAUUGGGAAGGUUAAAAUUGAAUUGCAAAUGUAUGAGAGAUGAUUAUAAGAAUUUUGUAACAAUAUGAACAUUUCAUAUUUGUGUAACAAGGUAAAGGAGCUUUAGGAUGUGCAUUGACUUUUAUUUGGUAAAAAAGAAAAAAAAAUGCUUAUUUCCCUCACAACUCUGGGUCCUUCUCUACAAUCUAUUCUUUAUUCCCAUGCUCUCCCUGGACCUCUGUCACAUUUUCUCAAACCAGACCUGAAGCUACACGGACACAAACUUUAAGGUCAGCUUUGCACAUUGGUUAUUUUCAGAAUCCAAGAAGGCCAUUGUUUAACUUUGUACUAUGGACACCUGUCAGGGACUGGUGGCAGUGAACCUCAUUGGACUGUAUUCAAGACUCCCCCAGUGCUCAGAAAACUGUAAUCAUGGCAAUGGCCUGGUUUAUAUCUUUGUUUUAGUUUUUUUUUUUUUAAUUUUUUUAAGUGCACGAUGGAAGUGUUGAAUAAAUGUAGAGGAAGUAUUCAGACCACAGUCAUAUUUUAGGCAUCCAUAGGUGUUAAUUUAGCUGCAUUGGGAGUACAUUUUUUGUUCUAUUUUUAGUGUAGAUUUAAGCACUUUGAAUAAAUAGCAUGAUUCAGGGAUUGAUGGGUAAUAUUUGAUAUUCUCACAACUUAAAAACUUUUUUUCCUCUAAUGUUUUGUCAUAUUUUUAGAAAAUGAAAAAAAUGGAGAAGAGGCUAUCUAUGGCUUUAGAAACAUUCUUCCCAAGUAUUCCUCCAUCAGCUCCAUGUGAGAACAAAUGAAGGAAACUGCCAUGUGUUCACAUGCUCUGUGUUUAACAAAAGUUAUGUUAGAAUUCACAAUAAAGAGAGAAAAAAAAUGUAUUUUCCCUAGUGCUUAGGUUUCAUCCUUCUCUUUUUUCCAGCGGGAGCUGUGGGAGAUAAGAAUAUUCUAGUGGUAAAAAACACAGUUGAAAGUGUGAAUAUGUUAGCCAAGCUAAGGGAAAUAAUGGGCUUCUGGACUUGGACCUGUGCAAGGUUUGGUAUUUAAUGCCUGUUUUUCAUCAUUUGCUGCUUAGAUUCCAAGUGACAUGUCAUGGAAUUGUAAGGCCACCUGGUUCUUUAAUGUGACUUCUACUUGCUACCUAUGAGCGUCCCACUCUUUAUAUUGGUGCUCAAAUCUUUGAUUAUUUAAUUUGUAAUCCAUUCCUUAGGUCUUCUAUGGGCAGAGAAAAAUUUGUAUCUCAUGCAUCCAGCUGAUUUAAGAUCAAUUAUAUAAAAAAAAUCCAAGACACAAUGAGACCUGAACCUACUCUAUUCGUAUAGUUAAUCUUCUGGUUAUUCAGUCAACCAUUUUGUGUUUCUUACUUUCUUCAGUAUAUGUAUUUGAACACUCUUGACUUAAAUACCUUGAUACUACUUUCUUCUUUAUUUCGUUAUUAUUUAGCAUUUUAUAACAAGAACAAAUAUUAACUGAGAGCCAACCCUAAACUCCAAGUAAGUUUUGUUUAUCCUAGAAUAGUCAUUAACUUUGACAUAUCCCACCUAUGUAAAUUAAGAACAUUAUUUCUAGGAAAACAUUAAGUCAUACAUUUGUAAAUUAUUUUCUGAUUCUCGAAUGAUACCCUAGUUCUCCUUUUUCUAAGAAGCAUUUUUUAUCUUACGCUUAAUUUUUUUUCUUUUUUAAAUUUAAGCUUAUAUCAUUAGUCCCAGAAGAAAGCUUAUUGAAAUUCAGAGGAGACCAUAGAUAUUGUGUAAGUAAAAUGACUGAGUGGAAAUAAGAGAAUAUACAUAGACAGAGGAAGAAAAUCCCUUACUCUUUCUGAUAUGAAUUUGCUUGAACAUUAUUCCCAUUAUUGUCAUAGUUGAUUAAAAGAGAUGAAAUACUGUUAAAUGGGUUAGCAAUCCUACCUAGGACACAUUUUGUUAUUGUUCAAUAAGGGGUAUUUUAACAAUAUAUGUGGUUGUUACAAAGAAAUGAUGCAACUGAGUUCUCUCAAAGGAGCAGCUUGUUAAUGGAAGCUGAGCUGUACCUUGCCUUAUCACUUACCCUUCCCACCCUAUUGUUUUGAACAAAGAAAGUAACAACUCUCAAAUUUGCAUUAUCCUUAACAAAAGACCUUAAACUUGGGUUCAAGGACACCUUGAGUCUGUGAAAAGGAUUAAAGGAAAUAACAAGCCCUUGAAGUUCCAGAGAGAAUCGUGAAUGUGUGCAAAACUGUGUUUUCUGGGAUUUGAGUCUCAAAAAUAUCUAUCAUCUAAGAAGCUAUUGAUGUUUGGAUUUAGAGCAUAUACUCAGAAACUGACAUUCAGAUAAACCACAUAUCUUGCAGGCACUGUUAUUGCUGCAAUUCCUUGCUGUCAUUCAGAGGAUGAUUAUUGUUCUUUUAACAAACAGAAGCAAUUCCUCUUCCAACACGACCCAAUUUUGUGGGAGACCUGGUUUAUAGAGAGGAAAAACUUUGACCGAUGACAAGUAGUUCAUUCCCAAAUAAAUGAGAGUUGACUAAUUACUAUGAGAGUUUACUCAUUUUCUAAUUUACUCAAAAGAUAGUUGGGGUGGAAUGUGAAAUCAUGCAAUUUGGCAUGAUGCCUUAUUUCAUUGAACUUUUUUAUGAUUUGAUUUAAUCCUGUUUCCUACAACAAAACUAAGAAGAAUUAAUUUAGUAUAGGAGUAGAAGAAACAACCAUUUGACAUGUUUUUCCUAAGGGACCCAGUUUUCUUAUGCCAAGAUUUAGAAUUUGUUAUAUGCUUGGUUUGCUGCAACUGUGCUUUUGCUAGUUUCAGGUUUUAUGAUAUAACUUUAGGGAAAUAUGAAAAAUUUUGAGAAUAAACUCAAAAUAACUGAGGUGGUGGUAAUUUAAAGUUUCACUUUUUACUCAUAUUUGGCAGCAAGAUGAAAGUUUGUGCUGUGUUAGUAAUUAAGAUACUGUCACAAGGAGCUGUUAAAACCUGACUAAAUUUGAAUAAAGAGAAGGAUGAUGAUGAUGACUUCAUCCUAAUCCUAAUCUUAUGUAUUUUGUCAUCAUUAGACUUCAGUCACAUGCAUAGAAAAUGCCCAGACUAAAAAGAAGGAAUUUAGCUCUAAUCUUCCAUCAAGUAUCAUUUCUUCCUUCCAGGCUCAGAAUAUAAAACAUCUCUCCAUUAUACACACAUAAGAUACAUAAAAAGAAAAAUAUCCUUCUGCCUUUAAUAAAUGAUCCUCUAAAUAGUCUCUGAGUUCAGUGACAAACUCGUGUUUCUGAAUUGUUCAUUCAAGUGAAGUAAGGCACUGUUGUUUUUCUACCACUCAUUCCCUUCAUUGAUACAUCCCCCAGGGUCCACAGCCUGAAAAGUAAUCUCUUUAUAACAAACAAACAACAAACAAAGGCAAUCACUCUGUCAUCACAGGUAUUCCCUCUACUACUAAAUGAGUAGAAACUGAAGAACUGCACAUGAACUUGAGACUAUUACUUGUAAUAUUGAUGUUGUGUAAAUUUCAGUCUUCAUAGUCCAGAUAACCUUAAGUUUCAAAGGGCAUGCUGGUCAUUAAAAAAAAAAAAAAAAAAAAAAGAUUUAAUGUAAAA